AUGUCAGGUGAUAACUACUCCAUUCAUCUCCUCCUAGUUCCAUUUCUGGCACUUGUCCUUUUUCUUCAGAAACCCGCGAAAGCUGACGUUUUAGUUCAGUACAAAGAGAGUGAGAGGCAAGCGCUGCUCGAUUUGGGUAUCUCUUCGUGGGGAAGUGAGAAUGACAAAAGAGAUUGUUGUACAUGGAUUGGUGUUGAGUGCAGCAACAGUACCGGCCACGUCGUAAAGCUCGAUCUGUCUGGCGUCGUUGGGUUUGUAGAAGGUACAAUUAGUCCUUCAUUGCUUAAACUGCGUUAUUUGAAUCACUUAGAUCUCAGUUUCUUUAAUUUUUCGUGUCGUAUUCCUGAAUUCAUUGGUUCUCUUACAGAAUUGACCUAUCUUGCUCUCUCUAAUUCUCAUAUUAUUGGACCAAUUCCUUCUCAGUUAGGAAACCUUUUGAGAUUGGUCACUCUUGAUCUUUCAUCAAAUCCGUUGGGAAGUUCAAUUCCUGAGUUCAUUGGUUCUCUUACAAAAUUGACCUAUCUCGAUCUCUCUGAAUCUCAGUUGACUGGACCAAUUCCUUCUCAGCUAGGAAACCUUUCGAGAUUGGUCACUCUUGAUCUCUCAUCAAAUCAGUUGACAGGUUCAAUUCCUGAAACUUUUGGGAACUUGGUUGCUAUUAGAGAACUUACUCUAAGCCGCAAUCUGCUUCAAGGUGGGAUUCCAUUACUUUUAUGGAAUAUCUGUAGUUUGCAUUCAUUAGACUUGCAAUCCAACAAUCUCGGUGGAGAUGUAUUUGGAUUUCUUCAAAGUACAUCUUUAUGCACAACACACUCUCUAGAGAAUUUGGAUUUAACUGAGAAUCAAUUUACGGGGUCAGUGCCUAAUGAAAUCACAAAACUAUCAUCCUUGCAAGUACUAGGCCUUGGAUACAACCGUUUAAAUGAAACCAUAAGCCAAGGUAUGGGACAAAUGUCCAACCUCACGACUCUAAAGCUAGCCGGGAAUUCUUUUGAUAAAGUUGUAAUCUCGGAAGCACAUUUCUCAAAUCUCAGAAACUUACGGGAGUUGGACUUAUCUGAUACUUGUUUGACUUUAAAAUUCAAGUCCGAUUGGAUUCCUCCUUUUCAACUGAGACUUAUAUUCCUUCGCUCUUGCAAGCUGGGGCCUCUUUUCCCGCAAUGGCUUCGGUCUCAAAAUGCAUGUUUUGAAAUUGAUAUUUCUGCUGCAGAGAUUUCGGAUUCCAUUCCAAGUUGGUUUUGGAACGUAUUUUCAUUUCCCACGUGUAGCGUGAAUUUGUCUUUCAACCAGCUCAGCGGUACUUUGCCCAGUAACAGGAUUGUUAUCCUUUUUCUUGACUUAAGCUCCAAUAAUUUAACAGGCCCAUUGCCACAAAUGACAAAUUGGUUGUCUACCUUGAACCUUUCCAAAAAUAAAUUUUCUGGUUCAAUCAAAUCAAUUUGCAACAUUCCUGCUAAAUUAUUGAAGUUGCUUGAUCUCUCAAAUAACUUAUUUUCUGGAGUAAUUCCCGAUUGCUUGGCAAGAUGGCGGCUCUCACUUAAAGCUUUGAAUUUGGCUGAGAACAAUUUGUCAGGCUCAAUUCCAAGAUCGAUUGGAUCUCUUAGAAUUCUUCGAAUGCUCAGUUUACGCGGCAAUAGCUUCUCAGGACCAUUUCCUUCAUCUUUAGGGAAUUGUUUUAUGUUGGAAUUUUUGGACUUCAGUGAUAACAAAUUAUCAGGAAAUAUACCUGAGUGGAUCGGGGAAAGUUUCUCAAUAUUGAUUUUUCUAAGCCUCCAAAACAAUCAAUUUAAUGGAACAAUACCUCAUCAAAUUUGUGGCUUGAAUAAUAUUCAAAUCUUGGAUCUCUCUGUAAACAAAUUAUCUGGUACCCUACCACGAUGUCUCAAUAAAUUCACUUCUAUGGCUCAAGACGUGAACUUAAGCAGAACAAUUGAGCAUCGCAUUUCAAGAAAAAUGGAUCCGAAUGCAUUUUCCAUUGAUGUCAACUAUGUUGACGAGGCACUGUUUACAUGGAAAGGAAAGAAGCAAAAGUAUGCAAGAAUUCUUGGACUAUUAUUAGCCAUUGAUCUUUCGAAUAAUAGAUUAACAGGAGAGAUUCCUGAAGAGCUAACUAGUCUCCGACAAUUGGUUGCAUUGAAUUUAUCAAGAAAUUUUUUGAGUGGCAAAAUCCCCUGGAAGAUCGGGCAAUUAAGACAAUUACAAUCACUUGAUUUGUCAAGAAACAAUUUUUCUGGAAGCAUCCCAUCAAGCUUGUCUGAGAUAACAUUUUUGUCUACCUUGGACUUAUCCUAUAAUUAUUUAUCGGGAAAAAUUCCAACAGGAACUCAGAUACAACUCUUUGAUCCUUCAACAUUUUCCCAUAAUCACGCACUUUGUGGUCCUCCAGUUACACCAAAUUGCUCAGGAUCAGCGGAAACACCUCAAGGUCAACCAAGAAGAGGUCAGGAUGAUUUUGAUGAAUUCAGAAAAUGGUUUUAUGCUGGGAUGGGACUUGGUUUUAUCGUGGGUUUUUGGGGUAUUUGUGGUGCUUUAUUGUUCAAGCGUUCCUGGAGGCACGCCUACUUCCGUUUCUUGGACGACAUGAAAGACUGGCUGUACGUUAGAUUUGUUUUACAGAAGGCAAGGUUGGAGAGGAGAAUUCGAACCUGAGAGGUACCAGUCUUUCAAUAAGUUCAAGAAGGUGUAGCUGGGACUACAACUGAAGGUGAUUUCUCAUGCCUCUGAGGAACAAAAGUGAAUCAAUAAAUUUUUGAAGAAAUGUGUGUAACGGUCUGAUGGUUGUGCUUAUUUCGCUAUUUGUAAGAUGCCAAAAGAAGGGUUCAUAAUUCCUUUUAGUUUGAUCCCUGUACAAAUGGUGUCAAUCUCUGUUUGCAAAUACUCAAGCCUAGGCCUAUAUGAUUUUCUACGUA